CGCAGGCCCGGGCGACUCAGCCCGGGCGGCCGAGCCCGAUCGCGCAGCGGCGGCCGAGCGCAGGAGCUGUCCAGAAGCCACAAGCCAUGGCUGUAGGGAACAUCAACGAGCUGCCGGAGAACAUCCUGCUGGAGCUGUUCACACACGUGCCAGCACGCCAGCUGCUGCUGCGCUGCCGCCUGGUCUGCAGCCUCUGGCGAGACCUCAUUGACCUGGUGACCCUCUGGAAGCGUAAGUGCCUGCGCGAGGGCUUCAUCACCGAGGACUGGGACCAGCCCGUGGCUGACUGGAAGAUCUUCUACUUCUUACGUAGCCUCCACAGGAACCUCUUGCACAACCCAUGUGCUGAAGAGGGGUUUGAGUUCUGGAGCCUGGACGUGAACGGAGGCGAUGAGUGGAAGGUGGAAGAUCUCUCUGGAGACCAGAGGAAGGAGUUCCCCAAUGCCCAGGUCAAGAAAUACUUCGUGACUUCUUAUUACACCUGCCUCAAGUCCCAGGUGGUGGACCUCAAGGCCGAAGGGUAUUGGGAGGAGCUGAUGGACACCACACGGCCGGACAUUGAGGUCAAGGACUGGUUUGCAGCCAGGCGGGACUGCGGGUCCAAGUACCAGCUGUGCGUUCAGCUCCUGUCGUCUGCGCACGUGCCUCUGGGGACCUUCCAGCCAGACCCGGCGACGAUUCAGCAGAAGAGCGAUGCCAAGUGGAGGGAGGUCUCCCACACAUUCUCCAACUACCCGCCCGGCGUCCGCUACAUCUGGUUUCAACACGGCGGCGUGGACACUCACUACUGGGCCGGCUGGUACGGCCCCAGGGUCACCAACAGCAGCAUCACCAUCGGGCCCCCACUGCACUGACGCCCCCUGAACCCCCAUCCACCGAACCCUGACUGGUAAACUGCCGUCAGAGAAGAGCCAGGCUUGGGAAGGGGAGGUGGAGACCAGGUGUCCCCAGCUCUGAGUUCGCCCUUGCCCCCAGUCGCCUCUUCUUUGUAGAGCUCCUCACUUUGGGCAGCCCUCAUGUGCUGCCCAAGGUCUUGACCUGAGUGAUGGCAGGGAGGCCUUUGUGGGCCCCUUUAAGAAAUGGACCACUUGAGGUUAGGGCAGUACAGCGUGUUCCCCCGGGCUCCUCUGAGAGUGGGUCUCCAAGCUUGGAUGCCACCUAGAUCUGUGUCUCUACUUUCCCCUCCUGGGACCUUUUUCCCUGUGUUGUUUGGGGGCCCUUGGAGUAGGGACAGGCAAGACAUCUGGCAAGCUACGCCGCCCUGGAUAGUACGGCGCAGGGGUGACCAUGUUACUCGGAGAGAUCUGGGAAGUAGAAGGCGGGCUCUGCCUGCCUGCUCAGCAGCGGCUUUGGUCCACAGGCUCAGGCCCAGUCUGAGACGGGCAGACCCUGGGUGGGGUGGGGUGGGGUUCAGGCUGGGUGUGGACUGUUCUCACUCUCAAUGAAGCCCCACAAGCCAGAUCGAUACCAGGUGGGGAUAAGGCUCCCAGAGGACCCAAGGAAUGCUGCACAGGGUGUCCCAGGGUAGGUGAGGGGCAGGACAAGGCUCUGAUUUCUGAGAGCUGAAUGUAUGAGCUCUCAGAAUGAGAUGAAUGGGGUAGAGGGUGUUCAAGGACCACCUGUCCACAUCCAAGCCCCUCUCUGUGGCUUGGAGGGCAUUCCAAGCCCCACCGUACCCUUGGAACUGCCUUUCCAGGACCUCCCCACCCCACCCUGCUUCUGCCUCUCCCUCCUGCUGGAAGGGCAGCGGUGUUCUCCUGACCUUGUCCUGUUGCAUGUGGCCAAAUAAAAG